CAUUACUAAGCACCAUCUAAAAUUUAUGUAGAUCAAUGAUCAUCAACACCACAUGGGUCUUCUUAUUAUGGAAAGAAAGGAGUGGGUUUCCAAGUAUGAGCAAAUUAAAUCCUCUGCUGAAUCUGCUGAAUUUCUGUAUAAGCGGGAUCAAGCUUCACACUCAUCUGCUUUAGCUGAAGCCAAGAAACGAGAGGAGAAUCUGAAGAAGGCUUUUGGAAUUGAGAAGGAGUGUGUUAGAAAUAUUGAGAAGGCAUUGCAUGAGAUGCGUGCAGAAUAUGCUGAGACAAAAGUUGCAGCCGAGAGCAAAUUGGCUGAAGCACAAAGUAUGGUGGAGGAUGCUCAGAAAAAGUACACUGAGGCUGAGGUGAAGCUGCAUGCAGCAGAAUCUUUAGAAGCUGAAGCCAACCGGUAUCACCGCAUUGCUGAAAGAAAGUUACAUGAAGUGGAAGCACGUGAAGAUGAUCUCAGGAGGCGUAUCAUGUCAUUCAAGUCUGAGUACGUCUUUUACUAACCUUUUGUCUUCAUCAUUAUAGCACCAUCACUGAAGAGAUCUGUUAUUUCCCCUGUUGUCUUUGUAAUAUCAUUGUGUUUUAGCUCCAUUUGCCAAGAUUAAAUCAAGGGAUUAUUGGAAAUGGAUGCCUGAUAUUUGAAGAUGGCUGCAUGCAACUUGCAAACAAAGAUACUCAAUUUAUUUUUUUAUUUUUACUUUUCUUUGAAAAAGGUAAGACAGAUAAAAAAUAAGUACAUAUAUUAGAGUGAAGAAAAGAAAAGAGGAGAUUAAAAGGAAAUAAUUUGAAUGUAGUUGAAUUUGAGGCAUCAUAGAACU